AUGUGGCUGACUCUUAUUAUGUGCGUCGGUGGAGCAGCUCUUCUCUAUGCUUUGUCCCGGUGGAUCAUCCCUGCUGUUGUGCAGUAUCAUGGAGGACUGACAAUUCUGUGGCAUGAGAUCAUCAUGGAGCCGAUACUGGACACACUGACCCAGUCUACACGGCCUCAGCAGCUGCUGAGACCCAUACAGAAGAACGCCACUAGAGGAGACCCUCGCAGCGUCAUCCAAGCCAUCGACCAGUUCUGCAGACAGAAGGAGUGGGCCAUGAAUGUGGGGGAUGAGAAAGGGUGCAUUCUGGACUCUGUGGUGUCUGAGGUGAACCCGGCCACCGUCCUGGAACUGGGGACCUACUGUGGGUACUCCACAGUGCGGAUCGCUAGCCUCCUUCCACACGCCAAGCUCAUCACACUGGAAUUUAACCCACAUUAUGCAGUCGCUCGACAAAUCAUAGCUUGGGCAGGACUGCAGGACAAAGUCCAGUUAGUGGAGGAGGCGUCCGGUGACUGGAUCCCCAAAAUGAGGACAGAAUUUGGGGUGGAAACAUUUGAUUUGGUUUUCUUGGAUCACUGGAAGGACCGCUACCUCCCUGACACAAAACUGCUGGAGGACUGUGGCCUUCUGAGGAAAGGCAGCGUCUUACUGGCAGACAAUGUCAUCUUCCCUGGAACUCCUGAGUACCUGGAGUACGUACGCAGCAGCCCACAGUAUGAAAGCCAAUACUUCCAAUCCCAUUUGGAGUACACCAAAGUGGAGGAUGGUCUAGAGAAGUCUGUCUACUUAGACUAGUCCAAUAUCACACAAAUAGGUCUCAAGUUUCAGUUAGUGUCAGUAUUAUCCUGAUUAAUGUCACAUCAUCUUUUCCGUCCACUGUAGAGGCUGUUUUUUUGUCCUGACUGAAUGUUGAAGAGCCAAAUGGUUAUCUGUGGUUUUAAAUUAAAUGUAAACGG